AGUUUUGACUGGCUCUAACUGUAACCCAGAGUGGAUUUGUCACCCCACUGACAUCGGAGCCACCAGCCUUCACUGCUGGAAAGGUCCUCAGUCUCCCAAUAUUCUGAGGGGGGGGGGGGAAAUGUCACUGUCUUCCUUCUCUCUCUCCCCACUCCACCCAGGUCCCAGGCCCCUUGGAGGAGACCUUCAUUAACACCCCCAAGUCAGAGCAGGAUUCAUCAGACACUGCAAAGAUGCAGCUCUCUAUGGAAGCCAGCUUGCUAGGAGUCGACGAUCCAGUCCUGGAGACUGAAGAUGAUGAGCCCUUUCAGCUGGACGGACCUGAGCCACUGCAAGAGGGCAUCAGCGGAGUACCCUUGGAAAGACCCAAGGGGAAUUUUUCCCCAGGUCCUGAGUUGGAAAGGAUUCCAGUAACGCAGCAGGGGCCGGAAAGGCCCCAGGACAGCUAUUUGUGGAAGAUAGCGGAGCAGGCCUUCCUCUGCGAGGGUGGAGCCCAGGCCCCCCACGAAAGCCCCUUCCUAGAGAGGACUGAGAAAUGCCAGAGAACAGGCGGCGGAGGCACCGACUUUGGGAAGAGCCUCCGCCAGAGCUUAGACCUCCUCAAGAACCAGAAGAAGCGCAUGCGGAAGUUCAAAUGCUCUUACUGCGGGGCCACGUCCAACAUCCGCGCAAACAUUGUGGUCCACGAGAGAAUCCACACUGGGGAGAAGCCCUACAGCUGCCUGACCUGCGGCAAAAGCUUCAGCCGGAAGUCCACCCUCGUGAGGCACAAGCGGACCCACACGGGGGAGAAGCCGUACGAGUGCUCCGUGUGUGGGAAAAGCUUCAGCAUCCGGUGCAAUCUCUUGCGCCACGAGAGGGUCCACACGGGCAAGAAGCCCUACCAUUGCGCUUACUGCGGCCAAAGCUUCAGCCGGAGACUCUUGCUCGUGAUCCACGAGAGGACCCAUACGGGAGAGAAACACUUGUAAAAUCUCGCCUCGUGUGUAUGUGGAAAUAUGUCGCUGUAUUUGUUUCUCUCUCUGUCCCCUGUUUGUGACUUGGGGGUGGGGAUUCACUUGGGAGAGAGAUUGCAAAAUGAUGUAACUGAAAAGGACUGGUCCUACCAUUAGGCAGAAUGAGGCAGUUGCGUCAGGUGGCAGAUGGUGGAAGGCGGCAGCAAAUCACUGGGGCAGGGAGCUAUGGGCCACACGUCCUACCAUGUGUCCACUAAGCUAGCCUGCGGCCUUCAGGUGUAAAGGAGGCUGUCCCAAUCCAAGCAGUCGAAGAAAGAAUGGUCUGGAAACAAAGCCCU